UGGCUGGCAGUGCCCCGGCAGUGUUCGAAAAGUCGGCGGCCGGCACGAGCGGAGAGACGGCCCGGCGCGCGAGUCCGCGCGAGUCUUCAGCGAGCGAGAGAGGGACGCAGCGAGAAGCGGGCAGAGGCCGAGCCGUCGCGACGCGGGGGAUGCGUCAGCCCGGGCGGCCCUAGGGAAAGGGGUCCGGCCCGGGCCCGGUCGCGCGCGACCCCCCAUGGGCGACUUCGGGGCCGGCGGCCUCUUCUCCGGCGCCCCCCCCGCCUCCUCGCCGGCCAAGCCGGCGUCCGGCCCCGCCAUGCAGGACGAGCUGCUGAUCGAGAAGCAGCCCCCCGGGAAGCCGGCGCCCCUGUCGCCGGCGGGCCUGGAGGCCCCCUGCCCCCAGGACAAGCCCAAGGACGCCGAGCCCGACGGCGCGCCCGCCUCGCAGGCUAGGGACGGCCCCGACAAGGACGUCGCCGCGACGCCCGCCGGCCUCCAGGCCUUCGGCGAGCCCGUCAGGGUGCCCAGCCUCUGGCCCGACGACGUCGGCCUCCACGCGCUCCCGGUCAACGGCUCGCUCGCCGGCUUCCAGAACUUCCCGGCGGGCGGCCCGGGCCUCUUCGCCGCCAACUCCAACCGGCGCGCCAUAACGGCCAGCCACAACUUCGCCCAGCACGGCAACGGCGCCCGACACGGGCUGCAGUCCCCGCAGCAGCAGCAACAGCAGCAGCAGCAACAACAGCAGCAACAGCAGCAGCAACAGCAGCAGCAGCAGCAACAACAGCAGCAGCAGCAGCAGCCGGCGUCCUCCCACCCGGGCGUGUACCUGCAGGGCAAGGGGUACGCCGCGUGGUCGGGCGGGCCCCAGGGUCCCCAGGGCCCCCAGGGCCAGUGGGGCGGAGGGCCUCAGGCCGCCGCCAGUCCUGCGCUCUCGCCCUGGAGCCGCGGUCGGUCCGUGCCCAAUCUGCCGCCCCUGCCGACCUCGCUGCACGCGGCCGCCGUCGCCGCGGCCGUCGGUCUCCAGGGCAGGAAGCCCAGCCCCACCUUCCCCGGACACCCCGGGCCCAACCAGGGACACCCCUCGAGCAUCAGCCCCGUCAAGUUCCGGCGCAGCACCUCCUACCCGGGGAAGGGCAACCUCUAUCCGCCCCAGCCUGCGCCCACCUUCGAGGUCACCGCCGCCGAGGAGCGCGACCUCCUGCAGCUGCCGCCCUAUCAGACGGAUCGCAUGACGGCGAACGGGAACUCACCCCUGGACAGCAUGCGCACCUUGGAGCAUUACCUGAGCGACAUCAUGAGAGCGGGAGCCGCGGACACGCCGGAGCACCUUAAGGGGUUCAUAAACUGCAACGCCAACUCGCUACAGUCCCUGGCGCAGCUCCACGGCAAAUCCCCGUUCUUCACGAGUCUCGAGGAGCAGGGCACUCUUCUGGAGGAUCCGAGCACGGCGGGUCAGCUCGACGGCGUCGGGGUUGGAGUGGGCGUGGGGGUCGGCGGGGGCAUGACAGCCCCCCAGGCUGCGCCCCUUUCAUCCCCCAGCCGCAGCAGCCCCCACAGCCAGGGCAGCGAAACCGGAGAGCGGUUCUCCAGGAAGGUCUUCGUCGGCGGACUCCCGCCCGACAUCGACGAAGAUGAGAUCACGGCCAGCUUCCGGCGAUUCGGACCGCUGGUGGUCGACUGGCCGCACAAGGCGGAAAGCAAAUCGUACUUCCCUCCGAAGGGCUACGCCUUCCUCCUCUUCCAGGACGAAGGCUCGGUGCAGCAGCUGAUCGACGCCUGCAUCCAGGACGACGACAAGCUGUACCUGUGCGUGAGCUCACCGACGAUCAAGGACAAGCCCGUGCAGAUUCGACCCUGGCGGCUAAGCGACGCGGACUUCGUCCUGGACGCGUCCAUGCCUCUCGACCCCAGGAAGACCGUCUUCGUGGGCGGCGUUCCCCGGCCCCUGAAGGCCGUGGAACUCGCCAUGAUCAUGGACCGACUGUACGGGGGUGUCUGCUACGCCGGCAUCGACACCGACCCUGAACUCAAGUAUCCCAAGGGUGCCGGCAGGGUCGCCUUCAGCAAUCAGCAGAGCUACAUUGCCGCCAUAUCCGCGAGGUUCGUCCAACUUCAACACGGCGACAUCGACAAGAGGGUCGAGGUCAAGCCUUACGUUCUCGACGACCAAAUGUGCGACGAGUGCCAAGGUCAGCGCUGCGGUGGCAAGUUCGCGCCCUUCUUCUGUGCGAACGUCACUUGCCUCCAGUACUACUGCGAGCACUGCUGGGCAACCAUCCACUCCCGGCCAGGUCGGGAGUUCCACAAGCCGCUGGUGAAGGAAGGUGCGGAUCGGCCAAGGGCUGUUCCCUUUCGCUGGUGUUAACCCCAGCUGCAUCGUCCCUAAAUAUCUCGCGGCCCUAGCUAAUUAACUAACACUUCUACCAAGCCCCUUAUACCUUACCUACUACCCGAUCGUCACUACUACCACCACCAACCGCUAAUACUACUAUUACUACCACUACUAUGCUACUACUACUAUUGCUACCACUAUAACUACCGCAACUACCGAUUACUCGGGAGACACCGCUUGGUCCCAACCUCGGCGGUGCCUGCACUUUUUGGAGAACGACCAUGGACCCGGACCCAAACCGAGAUCGGAAGCUGGAGCGGAACCGGCACCUGCACCUGCAUCCGCAGCUGAACUCGAACCUGGACCCGAAUCCCGGAUCUCCGCGACGCAUCGGCACGAGACAACGAGCGGAGGAGACCUUGCGGAUCGGUCGAAGAACCGGAUGGUGAGAAUCGCAACCUCGAUAGCGGCUAUAUUUCUGGUCGCGUUGGUUGCGUGCGUUAGGCGAGACCAGCGAGUUCUCCACGGUAGGUGGCAAGUCAAGUCGACCUUGGUAUGGAGGUUUUUCUGGAGGAAUCGGUACCGCACGGGUUUUUUAAUCGGCCGUCGGGAUUGAUCCCGUGGAGACUCACGUUUGGGACUUCCUGGACAUCCGCGGAAAUUCUCAGAGUUAAAUGGCUGGAGGGAGCCAAACUCAAACGUGCUCUUCCGGGGGAUCAACGUUGACGGUCAACCGGUUGUUGGUAGACGUUCCACGGUGAUGGUCCUGGGUACCAGGUAGGGUCAUUCGGACCGGCGAAAGGCUCGAGACGUCCCAGGCGGUAGUCCCGGUAAUUCCAAACUGUCCCAAACUGGUCCCGCGUGGUUCCCAGGACGGUAUAACUAACUAGUGGCGAAAUCUUGGAGCGAUGCGAGGUUUUUUUUUUUUUUCUGGGAGGCUUGGUCGGUCUGGGGUCACACCGUGGGUCAAAUCCCUACGCCGAGGCCUCGCUUUGGGAUGGGCUGGCGUCGUUUAAAUAUUAAAGUGAAUUACGAAAAUGGUACCCGUACAUGGACAUUCGCUACACGCGACUCCGCGCGCACGCGUACACCGACACACAUUGGCGCGCGAACACUCGACACCCAUACACCCAUGCACCCACAAACUGUCACACGUACACGAGGUCCCACGCUUUACCGCUGUGUAUUAGACAAUUUUCCGUACUCCACACAGUCUCUCCUAGCUGUUAAGGACUUUACCUUUACGCGACGUUGCAAUAGGUACGUGUGUACGGCUCUCGGUGGUGCGCCACUCGAGGGGUCGCGCUUUUUGCGGAUUUUUUACUAAUUCUAUGUAAAAGUCUUACAACCCGGACGUAGACGACGACCCGAGACGAGACGAGUCGCGAGAAGAGUCCACGGCGACGGAGGAGGUCGAGGUCGACUCGAAGCGGUUCCGCCCUGCGGCCGCGCGACCUCGCCCGAAACCGCUCGGCGUACGCGACAAGUCGUGUCGGCACGAGCGAACAAGACGCAUUAGCCGAUUUGACAACUUUUAUAAAAAAAAAAAUAAAAUAAACCGUUUGGCCCAUUGUCGAGGCGAAGAAGGCUCGGGUCGGCCUCGCCGCCACCCGACUCCGAGACGGACCCUCGAUUUCUUCCAUCUUUUCGGGGGAAAUCCAGGUCCUCUCGAAAUCGCGUCCACGGCUGUAACGAGGGAUUUACCGGUCGUCCCGGUCUCGGGUAAUUUCCCCCUUUCCUUCGAUUUUGACCUUCGUUAUUAAUCCUCGGAGUGGAGGUUGACGAGUGCGGUCUUUUGGAAACGGCGGUUCGCGCGGGGGUGGAGAGUUUUUUUUCGAUCCGAUGAAGACCUCGCGAUCGGGAGGGAGUUUGAAAUUACGGAGGGGUUUGUGGGAUUGGGAACUCCUUUUUUUACUCCGUGGGUUGACGGUCCAGGGACGACCCGGGGGGUCUUUCGGUCUCGCAUGUUAUUAGUUAGGGCCGAUUUCGAGUUCGAUUCGGUGUCGGUAUGUUCGAUAUCUCGAACAGGGUGCGGGAAUCUCGUCCUUAGCGAGGAUGCACGUUUUCGUCGGGUUCCCCGGUUUCCACCGUUCCCACUGUCGGCGGAGAUCCGCAAUUCGAAAAUCGGUAUCUGGACUAUCCGUUAAACGCCUCUAUUCCAAAGUCAUAACCGUAUCGACGUAUCGAUGAACGACGUCGCGGGUAGAAUCGACGCGGAUCUCUUCGUUAAGAAAAAAGAAAAAAAAAAGAAAAAAAAAGGAAAAAGGAAAAAAGAAAAGUCGGAAGGAUCGAUCGCGACUCGAGAACGGUGGCCGGGGAAAUCCGACUCCUGUCCCUCUCUCGGCGGUGUCCCCCUUUCGUACCGAAGCGCCCUCCCCCCCUCCACACAGUAGAACCGUAAAAUUGCACGUAAUCGAAUCGCGCCGAUCGAUCGGUCGCCGUACCAAGGUCCGACCGGCGACGAGGAGCAUCCGAGGGGUCGUGGAAAUCGAUUUCCGCGAUUUCCUCGAUUUCCUCGUGGUCGGUUCCGGGUUGGCACGGGUGGACCCGCGGUGCACGCCACGACGGGGGAGCACGACGGGACACGAAGUAAUCUCCACCUAUAUAUACAUACAUAUACAUAUACAUAUAUAUACAUAUAUUUAUUUUUUUGGUCUCCUUUUUGUAUAUAUAUAUACUUGCCGCCAUAGAAGGCGGCCCUUAGGUACGCGAUAUAUAAUUACACGUAGGCUUGCGGAGGACACCCUCGAGGUCCGCGGUAUAUAGGACACGCGCACGCGCAGACCAUCCCCCGGUCCCUCGUCGAAAGCGACACCCGCGGGCUCGACUUUUCCCCCUUCGGGGGGGAGGGGAUUUUCGAAAAACGUUCCGCUUCGCGAAACCCAUGGUCGGCACCGUCAGGGGGAGGUUUGGCUACCCCGGGCAUUUUAGAAAAUCGCCCUCGGCGAUCGGGAGACGUUGGUCCGCCUCGCGUUUCCGGUCCGGCUAAAGGGGUGGCGGAGGUGGAAGACGUUACCGACCGAGCCGAUCCCGCGAAUCGACGACACCCCUCAUUCUUAGGAGACCUUUUCUAUGUCCACUCGAUUCCGCUUAAGAGUUAUUCCGAAGGAUGGGUUCACCGGGGGCGUGACUUCCGGAACACCGAAACGGAGGAUCGACGCACGCUGAGAGAGGGUACGAGCGAUUAAACGAGAUCCGCGGGGAAAUGGGAAAAUACGACGUGGAAGGGAGACGGGGUGCACGCGGCUCGGUGUUAGUUAGUGCAAUUUCGGAAGGGGGUACCGCCGACUUCCGGUUUCCCCUCCGCGGAGAAAAUCAAAGGCGCAACCGGAGCCGAGGAGGCAGGCCGGAAGGAGAUGGGAAUUCUUUAUUGCUCUCUCCGAAAGGUAACUUCUCUCGCCGAUAAAUUUAUAAAUAUAUACAUAUAAAUAGAUAUUCUAUACAUAUGCGUGUAAUAUAUGAGUAUAUAUAUAUGAAUAUAUACGUACGUAACGCGUGACAUGCUCUUGCCGUCGUAAUCGCGCUGCGUACCCUUAGGGAGACUUAAUUAGGUACCAAUUUACCUAAAUCAAUUAUUAACUGAAGUAUACAUUGAUAUAAAUAUUAUAUAUAUACAUGAAUAUAUGAUUGAGCAGAAGAUCUAUAUAUCGUAUAUAUAUUAUAUAUAUACGUAGAGAAGGGGGAAAAAAAAGAAGAAACGAGGGACAAAGAGGGGGAAGCAGGGCCCCGACCCGCGACCAGACGACGUCGACGGAAACCCCCCCCGGACCGCGACCACCGAUUUUUCUAGGCAAAAUUUUUCUAUUUUUUCAAACGAGCCGGGGUAAAGUGCCCCUCCCCCGCCCGACACCCACGCCAUGGCGGUUCUUGAACGCAACGGACCCGUUAUCACAAGGAAUCGCGCGUUCAUAUAUAUAUAAAUAUAUAUAUAUACAUGCAUAUAUUUGCGAGACUAAUUCCGCUCGUACUUUUUUCAACGUGGGUGUGUGUAGCUUAAUAUAGUCCGAUGUGCCGACGCGUUCCGCGCCCCGGCCGCCGCGGGGCCCACUUUCCGCCGCGGCGGCGCGGCGGAAACGCGCGUCGAGAAGCUGGAGCGCGCCCCCUCGGGGGCGUCUUCUCCGAGGUACGGUCAGACUGGGCAAGAGACGAGGAUUCGAACGAGUUUUCUUGUUAACCUUUGGUGUUCCUUAAUGUUAGCUAAAUCUAUAUCGGGAGUUCCGUGCCCCUCGGCCGCGUCGCGUUCGCCCUGCGGAGGAAUCGCGACUGACCGGGCGCGAGAAACCCUUUCGUUCGUUUGGAGGAUUCGAAAGCGCGCCUUCCUCGGGGCACGCGUGUCCUAGACGUCGGCCCGACGCCGAUGGAAGUCGCGAUUCCGCGGCUCUUCCGGUCGGACACGCGGAUUCGACCGACAUAUCACUCGCGGAUUUUCGGUUCUCCGCGCGGACUGGCCCGCGACGACGCUCAACGGAGAGGGACACCCUCGUCGGCGAUUCCGGCGUCGGGACGCCCUCGGCCCCCCCACGAGUCGGACAGCGCCGGUACGCACGGGAACCGCCCGCGUGCGGAACGCCCGCCUCGAGUCGGCCGACCGAACGGAGAGGCGAACGGAGAGAAGCAAGGGAUAAGGAAAUAUGUUAGGUGUGGUUCUUCACCUCCUUUGUAAUAUGUGUGAUAAAGCAUAAUAUGAUAUGACGACUAUAUAUAUAUAUAUACAUAAAAAUCUAUAAAUACUAUAUAUAUAUAAAGUACUAAUAUAUAAUUAAUAAUUGAAUAACGAUUUAAAUAUUUAAUAUAUUCUGACAGACCUUAAAGGGAUGUGUAAUUGGAGGAAAAUUAGGUACUAAUCGCACGACACGUGAACAUCGUCGGAUACUGACACAAUAACGAGAGCUAGAGAGUCAGAUCGUGAGAGCGCAAGAGAGGGAGAGAGAAAGGGGAAGAGCGAGUUAGAGAGAAAGAGAGAGAGUGAGAGCGAGAGAGAUUGUAUCCACCCGCCAGAAAUCACACUUGACACAACGGCAAUUAAUAAUAAUAUUAAUAUUAAUAGUAACCUUGCGCUGAUAACAAUUGGAGACGUAUCGACCCUAGGUGUCGUUACGAGUUGGAUCCGACUCUGGACGAUUGGGAUAAGGGACGGAUACGAGACGCGAUUAUCUGAAGAUGAUAAGAAGGAACAAAUACUUUUGCGUAUGCGUGAGCGAGCGAGUGCGCGAGUGAACGGGUGAAAGAGGUAGGGAGAGAGAGGAAGGGAUAGGGAGAGAGAGAGAGUGAGAGCCGGUUAAUACGACACGAGGAGUGUCGGUGCGAUAGGAGGAUGGAGUAAUAUUGUAGUCAUUUACGAUAGAUUUGUAUUUUUCAGUGUUGAAAAGUUUUUUAUACUGCUGUUAUAUUCUUGUCUAAAUAUCUUAGUUCAGAGAGGGAGGGACGCGGCGAGAGAGAGAAAGAGUUAAAGAGGCGUCGAGGGUGAGGUGUGAACUUUUUUGCCCUCGAGAAAUCGGAGGAACGAAAGGGUAACGAGAUCGAGUAGAUAAUUACGAGGGGUCGGGGGUGGGAUUAGGGAAAAUUAGAUUUUGACAAAGUUUCGUGUGUUGUGUACGUUUGAUGGUAAUCGUGCGUUUGACGGCGACGAGGGAAAGUGAGCGAGCAAGCGAGCGGCCGGCAAAGUGGGGUAGAAAAAAGUCCGCGAAAAAUCGCAGAAGUCCAGAAAAAGGAGAAAAAUGGUAUAAAGAGACCGCGCGGGAAAAAAAAAAGAACGAAGGAGAGGGAAAAUGGGGUUUACCUAUCGGAAGAUGUCCAAAGGAACAUCGGCCGUUCGCGUCUCUCUCGUACCGACCCGAGGAAGAUCUCGCUCGCUUUGUCGCGCGCCUGACUUUCUAAAGGGAAUUUCCGGGGGAGUGAAAAAAUAGGAAAUAGGAAAUUGGGGGAUGGAAAAUUGGAUGGGACAGGGGAGGGGGAAACGUCGGUGGAAAACGCGCGCCCGAUCGCAGCCGCGCCUGCACCCCUACGAACCUCGGCACUUCCGGUUCCCGGUCCGGUCCUUUCCGGUCCGCGCGGUCCCGCUCGCGGGUGAUUUUACAAAUGGUUUUUAUUUUUUUACACUAAACUUUACUGUACAUCUCGUAGCUUUAGGCAAGAGAUAGCGUUUACAAUAGUUUCGGAGAAGCGUAUAUUGUUUUGCGGGGAAGGGCGGCGUCGGAUGUAUCUCCGGUUCCCUCCGGAAGCCGUCGGGCCCGACAACUUGGAGGUAGACGACGAGUCUCGUUACCCCAAUUACCCGGAUGUCGUACCGACGGACACGGGAGGAAAAAAAAAAAGACCCUCGAUUCGGGUGACGCCUUUCCGACGCCGCCUCGCCCUUAUCGCGCGCACCGACCCGAGUACCGCGCAAUUUUCGCAAGUACUAUUGCAAGCGCUAUUACUAUUACGUUACUAUCGUAGGGAUCUCCUUAUACCAAAGAAGAAGAAAAAAUGGCGAGAAGACGUUCACAGCGGAGGGACACGCCGCGUCGGGGGGAGGGAGGACAGAGGCGCGGAGGGAAAGGCGCGACGCGUCGCACGAUUAGCGGUAAAACUUAUCGAAUAGAUAUCGAUUAAUAUCGAGUAAAAGCGUACGGCGGAUUUCUAAUGUAAAGCAUAAGCGAAGUACGUAUGGCUAAGACUUUAAAAGCAGCUGGGAGUAGUGCAAUGUUAAAGAAAGGGAGGGGGCGGGCGGGGGUGUUCCUCUCGCGCGAGGUACGGCGUGGGUGUUUGAUAUUAAAAUUUUGACCAGACUCGAGACCGCCGCGGAGCCAGUGCCCGCUUCGAGUCGGGGUCUGGCUUUCCCCUUUUGUACACCGUGUACUUUUGAGACAUGUUGACGAUUAGUCCUACGGUCCAGGGCAAGAGGGAGCCGCGAGGCCGGCCGAUUAGCUCGACUAGCCCUAUUAGCCCGAUCGGCCCGAUUAGCGAGCCCGGUCGCGUUCGUUAGCGUUUGCCCCGCUCCGUUUUCGACGAUUCUUUAACCGACUAAUCGACUAACUGAUCUAAAUAAAUGGGGCACGCGAGUCUCGCGGGUACCCAUUCGACGUCGACCGGGCGGGGGGCGAGGGAGGACUCGGGAGACCCGGAAGCCGGCGAGGGCCGGGAAAGGAGCUCGACUUCCCCCGCGGUAUCCCCGGGACCCGGGGGAGGAGGGGAGGGGAUCGAGAUAUACCGCAGCCGAGGUGUAAAUUUUUUACAUUUUUCUAUAUAAAAAAAAAAAAACAAGAAGCAAAGAAACAAAAAUGGCGCGCCGACCGUCCUCGCGCGGUUCUCCGGGAAUGGCGCGCCUCCACCGCCGCCCCUGCCGACCGCGCUCCUCGUCCCUCCCUCGGGAUAAGGGUCUCUCCGGGGGGAUGAUCUCGCGAUCGGGCCCCGAGGCUCGCCAACGAGUUAUAAGAUGCAAUCGAUCGUUAAUAGGUGUGUAAACGAAUCUUAAAUAUGUAGCUGAAUGUACAGUAUUACUCGAGUACUGGAAAGUCAGAUGUUUUUCCUCCUUUGUUUUCGUUGAAUGUCGUCGUGCACGCGUAUAUUUAGAUGAUAGGACGAUUAACGGAUUAACGACGAAAGGGGUUGCAACAGGUUGGCCGUUGAUUUUGGAAGCGCGCGCGCGCGCGAGAGAGAGAGUUUUCCGCACGCGGAAAAGGUCGGUCACCAUCCCCCUUUCGCGAUUCUUCGAGAUAGUUUGAAGCGCGUUUCCGGAUUUAAAAGGACUCCGACCACUUUCCAGAUUUAUCCUUCCUCUUUCCGCGGACCGGAUCGGAUUCCGCAUCCGAGGAGUCGAGCGUUUUCGCCGCGAAGGGCCGCAAAGGGUGGUUCGGCCGCGUCCGCCUUCGAGAUGUCCCCCCCCCCUCUUCUUGUACUUGGCGACUCGUUGUUCAUCUUGUUCUUCUUGUACCUCUCGUCCUCGUUGUACAGGAGGUCCUCUCUUGUUUCCUCCCCGUGCGCGCGCGUGCGGGCGCCCCAGGAAGUCGCGGAUGCAAAAUAUCCUACAAAGCCACCGCACCGGACCAAUCGGAGAGUGACGGAGGGAAGAAUAAGGGAGAGAGAAAGAGAGAGAGAGAGAGAGACAGUCGAUCUUGUAAUAUCGUAGUCUAAUUCGUAAUCCUAGCUUAAUUCAUAUGAAUAUAAUACAUAGAAUUUAUUUUUUUGGUCGCAGAACAUUGUUACGAAUAGAUAGCGAUAGUGAGAGCGAGCGAGAGAGCGAAUGCUGGAGAGACGGAGAGGGCGGGUCUCGCGGGUCACGGCGGAGCGCGAGGAGAGAGAGAGAAAGAGCGCUAGUGCACGUUACGUUUAAUUUAAAUUCUAGCGUAUCCUGUAUAAAUGGUAUAAAUAGGUAAAUGGCGAUGCAAUAGGGCCCACGACGUUGUUAACCGAAAAUGGCGCCCAGUUAUCAUCUCGCGCGGUGGUAUCGCCCCCGCCCCCGGGGGCCCCAUUCUCGAGGUCGGGCAGAUUUUUCUUUCGCAUAUCAGGAGAUAGCUUGAAAAAUUUUUCAUUGUUGAAAAGUCGCACCAUUGGUCAGGGUUUGAAAGUCUUACACGAAACUGUCAAUUUCGCAUGCGAAAGCUGAUCCGGUGGACUCGAGAAUCGGGCUCCAGGCGACAGGGACUUUGGGGAUGUUUCGGCAACCCUCGACGUGCCCUGGAGAAGGGGUGCGGAAGGGCCGAGAUUUCUGCGGAUCGGAAGAACCGUUGCGCUCAUUGCGGGGCGUUUUCUCGUCGCGACGACGAAUUACUCGAGUCGAGUCCGAUCAUUUUUGUUACACACGCGUCAGGCCGUUUGCACCCGCCCCGGAAAAAUCGGAGGGCAUCAGCUGUGACGACCGUUUCACGUAAGAUUACAUGUUACGCUCGGCGAGUUCAAUCCGGCGACCGGACCGGCAAACGCGCCGGAUCCGGCAACGCUAACUCCCAUUUAUUUACCUUGCAUCCGAGAAAAUCGCCGUCGCCGGCAUCGACUCUUCUGCCACAACGAUUCAACUUACGUUUAUUUACACGAUUACCGUUAAGAGGAAUACGGUUUUGCCGGUGCCGGCGCCGGUUUAGCCGGUCGGGGGCAAACGGCCUGAGGCGGUAUCAGCGAUUGGCGCCGCAAGGGGGGCAGUGCGGUUUCCUGGCGGGGGGAGAGGGAGAGAGCUCUCCGGGACCGGGCGGUGGCUGAAUGGUGGCAUUAGUAAGAUUAAGGCACGCUUAGAAACCCAAAUCGUAGAGCUGUGAAGCGAGGGCCCGCGGGCCCGGGCGCCGGGCCCGGUGCGCGCCCGGAAGACCGACCGAGAGGCGCGCGCAGCCGCACCGAGAGGCCCUCGCGGCCCGCGCACCCUCGCCAAGUCGAGAAAAAGCCGAACAGAGCUGGCCGAGCGAGGAAGGGAGACGGAACGGGCGAGAAAGAGAAACACCCGAUAACGGAGCGGAGAUCACCUCGCGCGCGGACGGUACAUGGCAUACGGUAUAGGAUAUACCAUACGUAUAUAUAUGGAAGAGCGAGGGAAGGUGCUCGCGCAUAUAUAUAUAUACCUGCUGUAUAUAAUAUACGCGUAUACGUGUAUGCAAAUGCGCGCGGUUAGUCAGGCGCGUAUGCGGACGCGGGGCCCGCGAGAGGCUCUCGCGACUAGUUAGGGGGGCUGUACCUUCGUGCUCGUUUUCUCAAUCACACUAUUAUAAUUACCUAAAAGUAAUUUGUACUAUGUAACUAUUACUAUUUUUAUGACUUUUUGUACAUUUUUCUAAUUAUUUUGUAUAAUAAUCCUUAGCGGGAAAAAGAAGGGAAAAGUCCGGCGCCUCCUCCUCCAGUGUUCAAAGGGAAAAAAGUCAGUCGGGAGAGAGAGAGAGAGAGUGAGAGAAGGAGCGCGCGCGCGCCUCCGGGAGAGACCCGGAGAGAGAUAGGAGCGAGAUAGCGAAGCGGCUGUCGAGGGAGUAGGAGCGAGAGCGAGAUAUACAUAUAUAUACGCCGGAAAUAGUUGUCUACUGUCUGUCUGUCCGUUUGUCCGUCUGCCCGUGCUGUGUUUCGCGCCGGGGGGAGAAUCAAUUUCGUUCCUUUCUUUUUUGUUCCUUUUCGUUUUUUGCUCCUUCCUCCUUUUUUCCUCGGAGCGAUAUAUCGUUUCUCCCGCGCCGCGGUCCACCGAUCGACGGUCGUCCCUCCUUCUUUUCUCGUAGAUUUAAAGGGACGACCUUUUCUUUCCGUCGAAAGGAAGUGCGAAAGGGAAUCGUCCAUGGGAAGUCGCAAUGAGAGAGAAAAAAGCAACAAGGGAUGCGGAGAACCGGGUCAAGUGGUUGUUAAACGGAACGAAGUAAUUUCGAGUCACGGCUCUUGCGGACGUUGUCCUUUAUUCUUUUUAUUUUAUUUUCCUUUCUUUUGUCUAUUUUUUCUCCUUAAUUUUGAGAAGCAGCUUCGAGAGCGGAUCGCCCCUCCCGAUAGGCUUAGAGACAUGCGAGGCAGAGGCGCGUUUGUUAUUAAUGUUAAUUAAGACACUUUUUCCUCCACUCCCCACGGAACCACCCCCUCUUUUCUCGAAGACGAUGCGAAGAGGGAAAAAAAAGAAAAAAAAAAUAGAUUCUUUCACGAACGAGCCUUCGUCCCGAUUGAUUUCCCCCGCUUUUCCCGAACCGCCUUUGCGUGUUCAUGGCGAGCGAGAGAGAACGAGAGUAAGAGAGAGUGGAAGGUUCGGAGAGGUCAAGAGAGAGGGAGAGAUAGGUGCGACUUUAGGAAAGAAUGAAAGAAAGAAAAAAAAAACAUGGCAGGCGAAACGAUAACGCGCCAGAGAUAUCUUUAUUCGACUGAAUUCGAGUCGAGCGAGACACGACCGCGCCUACUCGUUUCACUACUACUAUUCUUAUUCUACUCUUACUACUUGGUAUUUAUGUGUAACUUUUCGAUUUUGUUAAUUUCAGUCCUCCCCCUUUUAGUACUUUAAUAAAUGAGUUUGUUAAGAA